AUGAAGUCAUUUUACAGAAAAUUUAGUCGAUGGAAUUUUUAUAUGAAUUCAUUAAACUUAAAAAAUCGGCGACGUUUAAAACGCUCAUUCACAUUUAUUAUCGCAUUUGUUAUUAUAGUUUUAUAUAUUGAUCGAAAACACUCGAGAACAUCUUCAUUAAAUUCUGAUUAUCCAAAAGGUGAUGAUCCGCCAGUACAAUACAAAAUGGACAAUACACACAAAAUGAGUGCAAUUUUUAAUAUGGAAUUUAUAAAUCCGUCACAUUUAAUGUUUAAUUCGUUUGGGCACCACUUUGUUCCAGUUAUCAUUUUAUCAAAAGCAGCUAAUGCCGAAGUACGUGAUGCUAUUCGACGAACAUGGGGAAGUGAAAGAAUCUACAAUAACACAUUAUUAAAAUCAUUUUUUUUUGUUGGCACUGAUGAUUUUACUCUUCAACGUGUUAAAAUGGAACAACUCGUAUUUGAUGAUGUUAUUCAUGUAUCGAUUCCCGAUUUGUACACAUUUUCUGCUUAUAAAGAAUUGGCUGCGAUGUAUUGGGUAAAAAAGUAUUUACCAAUGGCAAAAUAUUUUAUUAAAACAGAAGACGAUACAAUCAUUAAUGUACCGACACUUGUUACUAAAGUAUUACCGCAUAUUAAUACACGCGAACAAACUAUCUAUGGUUGGUUUGGUAAGAAUAGUAUUAUUAAACGUAGUCCAGAAUAUCAAAAAUUUGUAGACGCUCUUGUACCACCAUCAGAUGAUUUAUUCUUUGCAGUAAAUUUAUGUUACAUUGUGACAGCAGUAGCAAUCGAUAUGAUGUUAGAAACAUUAGGUAACAUUGAAUUUAUCGAGUAUCCCGGUGAUUCAUUUGUAACGGGUAUGUUACGCGACGCGGCUAAAGUUAAUAUAACCAGUUUUGAUUUCAAUGGUCAUAAAUAUCGUUUUCAAGUGGCUAAUGGCAAAUGCAUGCAAGUGUUCAGGCAAGACCCACGUUUAUUAUCGUGUACAACAUCACUGCAUGCUGGCUCAUUGAGAUCAAUGCCAGAAUAUUUUGACGCAUGGGAUGUGAUUAUUAACCAAACAAAUUUUAUUGAUUAG